AUGAGCCUGGAUAAUAUUAAUAAUACAAAAGCUACUUCAUCUCAUGAAUUUUCAAAAAGUACAAUUUUGAAUAGAACCGAAAACUUCUCUCAGCAAAUAAUAAUAAAUGAUGAAAAUAAACUUUGGGUUUAUAAUAUAGAAGCUCGAUCUUUGAACCUUGCAUAUGAAGCCACAGCUGUAAUUAAUUCGUUCGAAAUUGAUAGAAGCGGAGAAACUUUCUUAACUAUCUUUGACGAAAAACCUAUAAUAAUUUCUUUUCCAUACGAAAAUUUGAAUUCAAAAAGUACUGACUUCAAUAUCAUUUUUGAAGAAGCCAGAAUCAAACCACGAGGAAUAGCAUUUGACUACAUGGGAGAAAUUUUGUAUAUCGUAGAUGAAUCAAUAGGUUGUUUGAUUGUGGCUGACGUACAUACAAAGCAGUAUAAUAUUCUUUUGAAUGAUCUUCUGCAACCGGUUAGUGUUUCUGUCGAUCCACAAGAAGGAGUUAUGUUCAUUUUACAAAUAUCACAUUCGGUAUUGAAAGGAAAUAUGAAUGGAGAAAAUAUAAUUAGUAUUAUUGAAGGAAAUGGCAUUAGUGCAUUUACUAUGGAUUACAAACUGAAACGACUUUACUGGGUUGACGAUUUUGUUGGAAUCAAAAGUUCUGAUUAUAGCGGUAAAAAUCAAUUUACCAUAGCUACUAUUACGUCAACGAUAGUUGAUCUAUCGAUUUUAAAUAACCAAUUAUUUUGGCUAUGGCAAGAUCAUCAUAAUUCUUCGGUACACCAACUUUUAUCUUGUAAGAUUAAUGCAAACUCAUGCCAUGAUCGCGUGAUGUAUCCACUCAAAGAUCUACGUACUCCUGUGUCUAUCAAAAGUUUUACGAAUCAGAAACAUGAAAAAACUACGUCAGUUUUGAAUCCUUGUAAAAUAAAUAAAGGUAAAUGCCAAGAUAUAUGUUUAAUUAGCUCUCUAGGAACUUACAGUUGUGCUUGCAAGCUCGGCUGGCAGCUUAAUCCUGAUGAAAGAACCUGCCGAGAAAGUCGCGAUUUCAUUUUGUAUGUGACCGAAAAUUUAAUUCGAGGACACAUUUUGGAUGGAACAAAAAAAACGUUUACUGAUGUAAUUUUACCUACGACCUACCGCACAAAUUCAUCAAAGUACAUAACAUCAUUCGACUAUGACCAGCGUAAUGAUAAUUUCUAUUUUGCUGAAGAUAGAUAUGUUUAUAGAAUUAACCUUAAACAAUACAAGCCUCAAAAGUUGCUAUUUGAUCUUACGGAUUUCAAUUUAUAUCAUGGAACCGUUAUAAUCAAUUUAGCAUUUGAUUGGUUGGCUGAAAAAUUGUACUACUUUAGAUAUGAAAAAUAUUCCACUUCAGGAUAUAUGCGAUAUUAUAUCAAAAAAUACAAAUUUGACGGUUUUGAAAAUGUAAGAUAUUUCGAUUGUAAAGCUGUUAUUAAAGCUGGAAUGAUUAUUCAUCCACAGCGAAAAUACAUGUUUUAUAUUGGAACAAAUGAUAGCAUGAUCGGUCAUCGUAAACACGUUGAAAGAAUAUCUUUAAAUGCUACUAUUUCAUCAAUAUCACUUAAUACUACCUCUGUAGAUAUAAAUUUACGAAAACCUUUAACUAUUGAUUACCAAGAAAAUCGAUUGUACUGGAUUGAAAAAAAUUAUUCUUCACUGAUUAUCAAACAAUCUAACUUGGAUGGUUUGGAUGUACAUCAAAUAAUCUUAGAAAACCUUCCGCUGGUGGAUCGCAUUUUUAUUUACCGUCAGUGGAUAUAUUUAGUUGACAAUACAACUGUUUGGCGAGUAUAUAAGAAAACUGGAAAAGGAUGUAUAAAAGUAAUGUCGAUACCAACAAAUAAUAUUAACGGACCUAUAAUUGACGAUAUCAAAUUAAUCAAUGAUGUUACUUAG